CACAUUGAAUAGAUCUUAGUUUAUCUCUGUCUUUUCCUUCUGCUCUUUCACUCUCACACAGUCACAUUGUCCUUCCGACACACACUCUCAAGCAAUUUUAGAUCUGUGUCUACGAAUCUUCCCAAAACCCGACUCGGUUUGCUUGGAGCUGGAGCUGAUGGCAGCAGUGGAUGCUGAAAAACCUCUCACUGGACAAAUUACUUGUGGUUCUUUACUACAGCAGUUGCAGCAAAUUUGGGAUGAAGUUGGUGAGAGUGAUGAUGACCGAGACAAAAUGCUCCUUCAGUUGGAGCAGGAGUGCUUGGAUGUGUACAAGAGAAAGGUUGAUCACGCCGUGAAAUCAAGGGCUCUCCUUCUUCAGACACUGGCAGAUGCUAGAGUUGAACUCACCAAUCUCCUGUCAGCACUUGGAGAGAAGAGUUAUGUUGGAAUACCUGAGAAGACUUCAGGAUCUAUCAAGGAGCAGCUUGCAGCUAUAGCACCUGCAUUAGAAAAACUAUGGAAACAGAAAGAUGAACGGAUGAAGGAGUUUUCUGAUGUCCAGUCUCAAAUACAAAAGAUAUGUUCAGAAAUUGCUGGGAUUAGUGGGCAGGAGGAGAGUCCUGCAGUUGAUGAGUGUGACCUGUCCCUGAAAAAAUUAGAUGAAUUUCAUGCUCAGCUCCAAGAACUGCAAAAAGAAAAGAGUGAGAGAUUGCAUAUGAUCCUUGAGUUUGUGAGCACUGUGCAUGAUCUUUGUGCCGUCCUUGGCUUGGACUUCUUCAGUACUGUCACUCAAGUUCAUCCAAGUUUGAAUGACUCUGCAGGUGUACAGUCUAAAAGCAUAAGCAAUGACACACUAGCUAGAUUGUCAGAGACUGUCUUAUCACUAAAAGAAGAUAAGAAGCAGAGGUUAGAGAAGCUUCAAGAAUUAGCAACUCAGCUCGUUGAUCUCUGGAAUUUGAUGGACACCUCUGAAGAAGAACGAAGCUUGUUUGAUCAUGUUACUUGUAACAUUUCAGCUUCAGUGGAUGAAGUUACCGUUCCUGGGGCUCUCACUCUGGAAAUCAUUGAGCAGACCGAAGUAGAAGUUGAGAGGCUUGAUCAACUAAAAGCUAGCAGAAUGAAGGAAAUUGCUUUCAAGAAGCAGGCUGAGCUCGAGGAGAUAUUUGCCCAUGCUCACGUUGAGAUUGAUACAGAGGCUGCUCGAGCUAAAAUUUUGGAACUCAUUGAUUCUGGGAAUUUAGAGCCUGCAGAUUUAUUGACUGACAUGGAUAAUCAGAUAGUGAAAGCAAAAGAAGAGGCUUUGAGCAGAAAAGAUAUAUUGGAUAAGGUCGAGAAGUGGAUGUCAGCUUGUGAAGAAGAAAGUUGGCUUGAAGACUACAAUAGGGAUGAGAACAGGUACAAUGCUAGCAGAGGUGCGCACUUGAAUUUGAAGAGGGCUGAAAAGGCUCGAAUCUUGGUUAACAAGAUUCCAGGUACAGUACUGUACUAUGAUCCUUUCAGAUCGACAUGCGCAGUGGAUAAUAUCUGGGGCUCUUUCAUUGCACGUAUUUUAUUUUAUUUUAUUUUUGUAAAAAGGUAGCUGAAACUAAAAUCC